AUGACCAUGACAGUCCUGGUUCGACUCCAGCUGGGGCUGCUGCUGUCUGUGCUGAUGGUGACCAUGGUGGCAGCUCAGCCUACCCGUCUGCUGACCUUGCUGUCCUCGGGCCAGGGUGUUCUGGACCGUGUGGUGCUGGGCAGCCUGUUAAAUACACUGGCGGACCGUGUGCACUGCGCCGACGGGCCGUGUGGAAAGUGCCUCUCUGUGGAUGAUGCCCUGGCCCUGGGCAGGCCUGAGAAGCCAGGGCUCCCCGGGGGGGCAGUCCUGGAGCACAGGCACAUCGCCCGCUUCAGUGCCGCCGCUGCCCUCUACCUCAGUGACCCCAAGGGCACAUGUGCAGAUGUCCAGGCUGGCCGCUGGGCCACCCGUGCUGACCAUCUCUUGGCCCUGUUGGAGGGCCCCAAGGCCCUGACCCCAGGCCUGAGCAGGCUGCUGCAAAGGAUUCAGGCCCAGGCUGCUGGCUGGCCUGCUGCAGAGAAGGCCUGUGUGGACCUGCCCCAGCUGCUGGAGGAGGCAGCAGGGGCAGGAGCUCCCAGCAACCCUGGCCUGGUCCUGGCCGCCCUGUUGGACCAUGUCAGCAGUGGGUCCUGUCUCCAUGCCCUGCCGACCCCCCAGUACUUUGUAGACUUUGUGUUCCGGCAGCACAGUGGCGAGAAUCCCAACAUCACACUGGCUGAGCUGGAGGCCUUGAUGCAGCGCCUGGGGGUAGGGAGAGUGGCGGAGACACACAGUGACCACAGCGACCAUGGUCAUCUGGGAAAGGGGGCCAACCACCAGGGCACUGUGCCCCCUGCCACCCCUAACGGCAGCUCCAGCAUGUGGGACACAGUAUGCCUGAGUGCCAGUGAAGUGAUGGCCGUGUACGGGCUGUCUGAGCAGGCGGGGGUGACUCCAGAGCUCUGGGCCCAACUGAGCCCGGCCCUGCUCCAGCAGCAACUAAGUGGAGCCUGCAGCCCCCAGUCCAGUCCCCCCACUCAGGACCAGCUCAGUCAGGCGGAAAGGUAUCUAUAUGGCUCCCUAGCCACGCUGCUCAUCUGCCUCUGUGCCAUUUUCGGCCUCCUGCUUCUGACCUGUGCCACCUACAGUGCUGCCUCCCACUACAUCAUCCAGACCUUCCUGAGCAUGGCUGUGGGUGCACUCACUGGGGAUGCCAUCCUCCACUUGACACCCAAGGUGCUAGGGCUGCACACGCACAGCGGGGAGGGCCUUGGCCCACAGUCUACCUGGCGCCUUGUGGCCAUGCUGGGUGGCCUCUACACCUUCUUCCUGUUUGAGAACCUCUUCAACCUCUUGCUGCCCCUGGACCCUGAGGACUCAAAGGAUGGGCCCUGCAGCCACAGCCACGGUGGCCACAGCCACGGAGUGUCCCUGCAGCUAGCACCCAGCGAGCUCCGGCCGCCUAAGCAGCCCCACGAAGGCUCUCGCGCAGACCUGGUGAGCUGGCCCUUCCCCAGUGUCUCCACCCCCCCCCCCCAUCCGCCCACCCCAGGGGAUUUCGCUGCCCUGCUGCACGCGGGGCUGUCGGUGCGCCGGGCUUUGCUGCUGAACUUGGCCUCAGCGCUGACUGCCUUCGUCGGCCUCUACGUGGCGCUCGCUGUCGACGUUGGAGAGGACAGUGAGGCCUGGAUCCUGGCGGUGGCCACUGGCCUCUUCCUCUACGUGGCGCUCUGCGACAUGCUUCCAGCCAUGCUUCAUGUGCGGGACCAGCGGCCCUGGCUCCUCUUCCUCCUGCACAACAUGGGUCUGCUGGGCGGCUGGACCGUCCUGCUGCUGCUGUCGCUGUAUGAGGACAACAUCACCCUCUGA